CCAACUGCCACCAGUUGAGUCACAGUUCGCUAGGCUCUGCACGUCUGCUUCUCGGUGAUCCGCUGUCGCAGGCUGAGCACCGUUCGAGUUUUUCGCGUAGGCCUUUAGCUGUAAAGAGCAACUCGUCAUGUCCGAGACCGAAGCAGCAACAAAGACGGAGGAACAGAAGCCGGCGGCAGCGGCCGCCCCGGCGGAGGAAGCGGCCGCCGCUCCACCGGCCAAAGAAAUGCGGGCCAUCGUCCUCACCGGCUUCGGGGGCCUCAAGACUGUCAAAGUUCUCAAGAAGCCCGAACCCGCCGCGGCCGAAGGAGAGCUGCUCAUUCGAGUCAAGGCCUGCGGGCUCAACUUCUUGGACCUCAUGGUGCGACAAGGAGCUCUUGACAACCUUCCAAAGACACCGUUCAUCAUGGGAUUUGAAUGCUCUGGCGAGGUGGAGGCUGUGGGUGAAGGCGUAACAGAUUUUAAAGUAGGAGACCGUGUGGCUGCUCUGACAGAAUACAAGGCUUGGGCUGAGCUAGUCACUGUGCCAGCCAAGCAUGCUUACAUACUGCCAGCAUCCAUGUCCUUCGAUGAUGCUGCUGCUGUGCUCAUGAACUACGUCGUGGCCUAUGCUCUUCUUUUUGACAUAGGCAACUUGCGAGAAAAGCAGACUGUGCUGAUGCAUUCUGUUGGUGGUGGAGUGGGACAUGCAGUGGCUCAACUUUGCAAGACUGUCCCAGAUGUGACGCUCAUUGGCACUGCCUCCAAGAACAAGCAUGAGUCCUUGACAAACUUGGUUACUCACCUCCUUGAUCACAGCUCUGACUACGUUCAAGAAGUCAACAAGAUCUCCCCAGAUGGAGUGGAUCUAGUCCUGGACUGCCUUUGUGGUGAAGAUUGCAAGAAAGGCUACAGUCUGCUGAAGCCCUUGGGAAGAUACAUUCUCUAUGGAACAUCGUGUAUUGUUGCUGGAGAAACAAAAAGCUUUUUCAGUUUUGCCAAAUCGUGGUGGCAGGUUGACAAAGUAAGCCCCAUCAAGCUUUAUGAAGAGAGCAAGGUGAUCUCUGGAUUCAACCUGCGUCAUCUUCUCUACCAGCAAGGCAUGCAUGACUACGUCAAGGGAGUCGUUUCGAAGGUGUUCUCCCUCUACGAACAAAAAAAAAUUACUCCUGUCGUGGAUUCUUCCUGGGCUUUUGAAGACGUGACAGAGGCCAUGCAGAAGAUGCAUGACCAUAAGAAUGUCGGUAAGCUGACACUGAACCCCAGCCUGGAACCAAAGCCCAAACCCCAGCCAGAGAAGGUAGGCACACCUGACGCACACCCACGCCGUUUUAGUCUCAAAUCAAAGGGAAAAGACAAGGAAUCGAAGGAUGGGAAGGCCCCUGUGCCUUCAGGUGAGAGUACGGAUACAGAGAAGGAUGCUAAAGAGGAACAGACCCCUCCUGCCAAUGCAAGCUAAACAGCUUGCCGAACAUGGGGCCCGGACAUCUGUUGUUGCUGCAGGCUGCUCAGGAGCGUGAAGAAAACAUUGCAUGGUGGUCAAAGGAAAUUUGUGUACUUCAAUCUUGUCUGGAAGCUGCUUUGAAGCGAAGGGGUUUGGGACUAGCACUGCCAGCCCAGCUCCUCCUAAACAUGUCUUCAAUCUGUGCUCGAACGACAUUCCCUUUUCGUGCAACUCUUUAAGGCCUAUGCUUUGUCAGUGUUGUUCAAACAGUAUCUAUGCGAGUCUAUUUGUUGUCUUGAUUCCCAACACUUGUUGACACUUAAAUGUGCAGUUUCUUUUCCAUUGAUUACAUAUUUUUGGGAUGUUGUAGCAUGUGGUCAAUCAAGAUUGUGGCUUCUAUUGAAAUGUGGCUUGCUUCCCUUCCUCCCUACCUGCCAUUGGGGCUGUAUCUUGGUACGACAUAUCAUAAUAGGCAGUUUUGCACAACUUUGGAGUCCCUGGCUGUGUUCACCAACCAACAGGUGCAAGUGGCUAUUGAUAUUGAAACUACUGCGCACAUGUAAUGUGAACCCAAAAUUUGCAAGCUUAAUUACAGCCUUCUGUGCACCCUUUGUAGUGCUGGUACAAAGUGGUCCUUUCCUGCCCUCUCGUGAAACCUUUUCCUAGCAUUGUGUGUUCUCUCCAAAGAUGUGCCACUCCUGAUUUCAUCAGUUUUUCAGGCUGUGCAUUACAAUGUUGGUCGCAACUUAAUUGAAGGUUGGCUCUUGCAAAGAUAAUUUACAUGUGUCGCUUUAAAGAUGUGUAUUUUUAUGGCCGCUGUGCGUGCUGUGUUUCCACACUGCCUGUGAUCUUGUUUGCAUUAAAACUGUCUGUACACAUAA